AUGGCGUACGAACAGCGGCUUCUACUCGAGCAACUUAUGGGCCGAGAUUCGCUCAUCUCGCCUGUGACCCGAAGAAAAGAGCCAGAGCUCACUUCCUCUAGAGUUUGCAAGAGUUUUCUCGUAGGCGUAUGUCCUCACGACCUCUUUGUGGCUACCAAGCAGGACUUGGGAAAGUGUCCAAAAUUGCAUCUACAGAAACACAAGCUUGAAUACGAGUAUCGUACGAGAAAGCUCGGAGAGUCUUUCCCCGACUUCGAGUACGAAUACUACAAUAUUCUCAAGAAGUAUAUCCACGACUUGGAUAAAGCCAUCGCCAUAGCGCAAGAAAGACUCACCCAUACGACACCUGAGGAACAACAGAAGAUCGAGACUAUCACCAAGGAAUUGGACAGCUUGGAUGUAAAGAUCGGGCUCAUGACCCAGGAGAUCUCGUAUUUGAUGGAAAAGAACGAAAUUGACAAAUCGCUCCAUGAAUCGGUCAAACUCGGAGAUCUCUGCAAACAACGAGAGCAUUUAGCAGAGUCAGUCAGAAACAUCAUCGAAAAUAUUGGCCAGACUUCUCAGCAGAAGUUACAGGUUUGUGAAGGUUGUGGUGCUUAUUUGUCUAGACUUGAUAGUGAUAGAAGAUUAGCAGAUCAUCUCAUUGGAAAGACUCACUUGGGUUACGUCCAGAUGAGACAAGCUUACGAUGAAUUGGUUCAUAAGUUUAAACGCCUGGGCUAUUUCAAGUAG